AUGGCCCCUUCUACUCCUACACCCAGCCCUUUCGCCGCCAUGAGGAACUUUGGUGGUAUGGUGUCAUCUGCUCGUUCUCCUGGAGGGCCUCCUCCUGCCGCCACUCCUCGCCGUAGGACGCCCGCCUUUCGUCCUGGUGAGUCUCCGUCCUCCUCCGACCAGGACUCGCUCAGUGGGGGCUCGGAGUCGGGUGAUCGACCCGACACCGAAGAAAGUGAGGAUGAUGAUGAUGGGGAGGGUAGGAUCGAUAGUGAGGGUGAAAGCGAGUUAGAAGAAUACCCGGAUGAUGAUGUGGAGGUGAUUAGUGUAGAGGACAACAACGUAGAUAGUCCUGAGCCCGGUCCUGCCCCUCCCCCUGCUCAAAUUGUGGGCCAGAAACGACGCCGUUCCCUCUCUUCUUCUUCUUCUUCCUCUUCUUCUUCUUCCUCUUCUUCUUCCUCUUCCGGGGUUCUCCCCCCCCCCAACGCCAUCGCCGCUGCCGCCGCUGCUGUCGCUGCUCCCCCCCCUUCUCCCAGAGGGGAGCCUUCGCCCAAACGGGUGAAGAGAUCACUGCGGGAAGAAGAGUACUUGUGGGAGAAGAUGAAGUACGAGCCUGGUCGUUGGAUCGCGGUUGGUGUUGACGAAGCGUGUGAUCGUUGCCGACGUGAGAUUAUCACGUAUAAUCGUCCAAACUGGCCCUGCCUCAAGGCAGUCAGGCCACACAACAAGGCCCUCCGUUGUGCUUCAUGCACGUCUGGCCCCUGCUCCUUCUGUCCCGUUUCCUCUGCCCGGGACAUCCCGCCCCGUCCCUCCGACUCUUCGCCCUUCCCCCCUCCUCAGACUCCAGCGUCUGUCCCCCGUUCGCGGGUACCUCCUUCGUCUCUCCGGUCGGUUCGCCGUACUUCGCCGGACCUCCGCCCGUCGCCUCCGUCGCCGUCGCCCUUCGCUCCUGUGGCCGGCCCAUCACGUCUCCCGGCUGUUCCUCCUUCGUCUUCUCGCCGUCCUUCGGCCUCUGCUCCUUCGGCCUCCCGUCCUUCGGCCUCUCGUCCUUCGGCGCCACGUCCGUCCUCUCCAGUGGUAGCUUCUCCUCCGGCUCACAGCACCCGAAGUCGGCGUCCUUCUGUUCCUCCGGCCACUUCGGCGGCCCCUCCCGUCACCCCUCCCUCUGCUUCCCAGAAGACACCGAAGUCUUCUUUAAAGAAAUCAAAAGGGAAAUCUAAAGAGAAGGAGGUUGCCUUCAAUGAUGGUGAUGUGGAAGGUGAAGAUACUCAGCGUGCUGGUCCCUCUGCUCCCCGGUUGUCCCUCGUCCACCCUCGUAUCUCCCUGGACGUCCGUAUUCCUGAGGACGAAAAGGAAUUCGCCACUUAUCGUUCUCUCGUCCUCGGUCUCACUACUCAGCUUGAGGCCGCCCGAAAUGAUACAUCUCUCCUGCUUGACUUCUCUUCUCGUCAAGCUAACGCUUUAAACAAUCUUACUGCGGCGUUAGUAGAUGUAGUCAACACUGGGGCUCUGGACGACGAAGCAAGGACAAGGUUAGCGGACGUCUCUCGCCGAAGCCUUACUGAGAUAGCCGAUGUUCGCCGAAGACUGUUCGACACCCCCUUCCUAGUCACUCCUAUGGCGUAUGAGCCACCACCGUCCCUUGACUGGUUAGGUCGCCGUAGUAGUUCUCGUGUCCCAGCUUCCGCCCAGACUGCUCUCGACCUCCUCAGUCUUCCCUUCGAGUGUCUACGGACCAUACGUUCUCUGUGGAGGACUCCGAGCAUGCAAGCUGCUCGAGAUGUCCAGGACUUCG